AAUUGGUCGCCAAGAUGUCGUCCACCUGGAGAAGGCUUUAUGUCGAUGGAUUGAAGGCAAAAAUUCGAUUAGACUUUACUCUGGCAAGUGGACAAUCUUUUAGAUGGAGGGAAACAGCGCCAGGGGAAUGGACAAAUGUGUUAUCAGGCUAUGUGUGGACCCUAAAGCAAAAUGAAAGUGAUAUUUUUUAUCGUGUCUACGAGUCAGUAGUUGUAAAGAACAAACGAAUUUUAAAAGAAGUUCGUAAAUGUUCAGACCACAGUGUUAGUUGCUAUUCAGCUGAAAAAAUGCAUCAGUCCGAUAUAUAUGAGUAUAUACUACGAGAUUACUUUCAGCUUGGAGUCGAAACUGAAUCGCUCUACGACGAGUGGAGAGCCAAGGAUCCUCACUUUGUCAAAGUUUCAGAAAGCAUGCAAGGCGUUCGAGUUUUACGACAAGACCCAGUAGAAACCUUGUUUGCGUUUAUUUGCUCGUCAAACAAUAAUAUACCACGGAUAAGCGGAAUGGUAGUAAAACUUUGUCAUGAGUAUGGAGAGAAUCUUGGAGAAAUUGAUGGUGUUUCCUACCAUAGUUUCCCUGACAUGAAGGAUUUGAAAGGGCCAAGAGUUGAACAGCACCUGCGUAGCAUUGGGUUUGGUUAUCGCGCAAAAUUUAUAAGUCAAUGUGCAAGCUACAUUCUUGAACAUUAUGACAGUAAGUGGCUGGAAAACUUAAGAAGUGUGCCAUAUAAUGAGGCCCAUGAAGCUCUCUGUAGGCUACCAGGUGUGGGAGCUAAGGUUGCAGAUUGUGUUUGCCUAAUGUCACUGGACAAACAUGAUGCUGUUCCAGUAGACACGCACGUGUGGCAGAUAACUACUAAACACUACCUGCCCCAACUUACAAGAACCAAGUCUCUUACCACUAAGGUUUAUAAGGAAAUAGGUGAUCAUUACAGGGAGCUGUUUGGGAAGUAUGCUGGAUGGGCUCAAUCGGUUCUUUUUGCAGCUGAUUUGAAAAGAUUUCAAGAUACUCAGAGUACCAUUUUAGAAAAUUCAAACUCAAAAUCUGCCAAGAGGUCCGUGGAAUCCGAUGUUCCGUCAAUAAGCAGCUCCAAGCCUCCAUCCAAAAAGAAAAAGAAGAAUCGAAAAUAGGCUCUAAAGAGAGAAAUUUUACAUUCCUCACUCUUUCUGAGAUAGCACCGAAACUCAGUCCACAUUUAUCAUUUUAAGGGUUUCAAAUUCCUCUAAAUUUGAUACAAACUGAAAUGACUAAAUAUUUAGCUGGAUAUCAUAAUAAACUGUUUAUAAUCUCA